CGUAACAUAGUUCUGUGAAGUUGUUAGCUGGACCAAAAACGUGUUGUUUAAAAAGACGACGUGACGACGAAGCACGCAAUAUCGAACACAUUGUCGGUACCCGAUCGUCAUCAUAUCGAUCGGAGAAUAUUUUCCGGUCAAAUUCCACCGGAAUCACAUCGGAGUGAGUAAAAGCAUUCAUAUAUGUGCAUUUUGUGAUUUAAAGUGAAUUACAAGUGAAUUUGCCAAUGGAAGAGAGAAAUAGUUGGCCAACAAUGGAUCUAUUGCGUUCGGAGAAAAUGCAAUUGGUUCAGCUCAUUAUUCCAAUCGAAUCGGCUCACCGCACCGUUUCAUAUCUCGGCGAUCUCGGCCUUUUUCAAUUUAAUGACCUGAAUACUGAGAAGAGCCCGUUCCAGAGGACGUAUGCUGCUCAGAUUAAAAGAUGUGCGGAAAUGGCUCGCAAGCUACGCUUUUUUAAGGAACAAAUGACGAAGGCAGGUUUCUUACCUUCAGGAAGAUUUGACGUGAACACUGAUGUCAAUUUAGAUGUCUUGGAGGUGAAUCUUGGAGUUUAUGAAGCUGAGUUGACAGAGAUGAAUACAAACAACGAAAAACUACAACGUGCUUACAAUGAACUUCUAGAAUAUAAGCUUGUUUUGCAAAAGGCUGGUGAAUUUUUCCACUCUGCUCAAAGCAAUGCAGUAGCUCAGCAAAGAGAAACUGAUGUAUAUCGUGUUGGUGAUAGAUCGGUGGACAGUCCUUUGCUAUUAGAGCAAGAAAUGUCCUCAGAUUUAUCAAGCCAUGUAAAACUGGGUUCUGUUAGUGGCUUAGUUCCGAGAGAGAAGUCCAUGGCUUUUGAGAAAAUUCUUUUUCGUGCAACAAGGGGUAAUGUGUUUCUAAAGCAAGCAGUAGUUGAAGAUUCUGUGACAGAUCCUGUAUCUGGAGAGAAGGCAGAGAAAAACGUAUUUGUUGUCUUCUAUUCUGGAGAACGAGCAAAGAGUAAAAUAUUAAAAAUCUGUGAUGCAUUUGGUGCAAACCGUUAUCCAUUUACAGAUGACCUUGGCAAACAAUUUCAGAUGAUCACAGAGGUAUCUGCAAAACUCUCUGAGCUGAAGACUACUAUAGAUAUCGGACAAUUGCAUCGAGGAAAUCUCUUACAGACUAUUGGUUAUGACUUUGAGAAAUGGAACCUUCUGGUCAAGAAGGAGAAGUCUAUUUAUCAUGUGUUGAACAUGCUAAGCAUUGACGUGACAAGGAAGUGCCUCGUAGCAGAAGGCUGGUGUCCUGUUUUUGCGACAAAUCAGAUUCAAAGUGUAUUGGACCGAGCAAUUUUCGAUAGCAGUUCACAAGUAGGGGUUAUAUUCCAGGUUCUGCGUACAGAGGAACCCCCACCCACAUUUUUCCGCACAAACAAGGUCACUUCCGCUUUUCAAGAAAUUGUAGAUGCUUAUGGGGUAGCCAAGUAUCAGGAAGCAAAUCCUGGCGUGUAUACAAUUGUUACGUUUCCGUUCCUCUUUGCAGUCAUGUUUGGAGAUUGGGGUCAUGGAAUAUGCCUAUUUCUUGCAACUCUAUAUUUCAUAAUAAAAGAGAAGAAACUUUCGGGUCAGAAGCUUGGAGACAUCUUGGAUAUGACUUUUGGUGGUCGCUAUGUUAUUUUGCUGAUGUCCAUAUUCUCUAUAUACACUGGCUUGAUUUAUAAUGAAUUUUUUUCUGUUCCAUUUGAACUAUUUGGACGAUCUGCCUACGAUUGUCGUGAUUCUAAUUGCAGUGAGGCAUAUACAAUAGGCUUGAUAAAAGUUCGUGACACUUACCCAUUUGGCCUGGAUCCCAAGUGGCAUGGUACCCGCAGUGAGUUGCCAUUCCUAAACUCACUCAAGAUGAAGAUGUCGAUCUUACUAGGUGUCGCUCAGAUGAAUCUUGGAAUCAUAUUGAGCUAUUAUAAUGCAAAAUUCUUCCGUAAUGACAUUAAUAUAUGGUACCAAUUUAUUCCACAGAUGAUAUUUCUGAAUAGCCUCUUUGGCUACCUUUCACUUCUCAUACUUGUAAAAUGGUGCACUGGUUCACAAGCUGAUCUGUAUCAUGUGAUGAUCUACAUGUUCCUAAGCCCUACAGAUGAUCUGGGUGACAAUCAACUUUUUCUCGGGCAGAAAUACCUUCAGAUUUUGUUACUAUUGUUGGCACUUGUGGCUGUACCCUGGAUGCUGUUCCCUAAGCCUCUUCUUCUGAAGAAGCAACAUGAGGAAAGACAUCGUGGUCAAUCCUACACACAACUUUACAACAUGGAUGAAUCUGCUGAAUUUGAAUCAAAAAGUGUUGGUUCUCAUGGACAUGGAGACUUUGAGUUCAGCGAGAUUUUUGUUCACCAACUUAUACAUACUAUAGAAUUUGUACUUGGAGCAGUCUCUAAUACAGCUUCUUACCUUCGUUUGUGGGCCCUCAGCCUUGCACACUCCGAGUUGUCCAGUGUUUUCUACGAGAAGGUGUUGCUAUUGGCUUGGGGUUUCAACAAUAUCGUAGUCCUGGUGAUUGGUGUAAUAGUAUUUAUCUUUGCAACAGUUGGAGUUCUUCUAAUUAUGGAAACCCUUAGUGCAUUCUUGCAUGCAUUACGACUUCAUUGGGUAGAAUUUCAGAAUAAGUUCUACGAGGGUGAUGGGUACAAAUUCUAUCCCUUUUCGUUUGCAUUACUCAGUGAAGACGAGGAAUGACGGGUAGUAUUCUUGGCCGAGUUGCUGUAUCAUCCCAUAAAAUGGAAUCAUGGUUGAACUUGUCCAAUUAUUCUCCCUGGAUAGAGGACUACAAGAAUGCCAGGAAAUAGAUCAUAAUAUCCUAAUGCUGAUGCAAAUACCACUAAUUAUAGAAAUAUUGGCCUAUAAAGUCAUCCUGUUAUACGUGUAUGCACACUUUGUUGCUCCGGUUGUAUUUGUACAGUGGUUUGUAUUCAUGUAUAUGGCAUUCUAAGAUUUUGAAUAGUAGUUGAGAUUUAUACCAACAAUACAAUAUAAUACAAUAUGGACUCAUACAA